AAGGUCAAAAGCGCGUAGGGACAGAGAUCGCUGGAGGCGCGAAACCAAGGUGAAUAGAUCCUCUUAACGUAGGGAUACGUGCUUUAUUCAACACUGAUUCAACACUAACAAGACAUUAGACUUCAUUUCGGAGUCAGAUUAUCCUAUAGCCCGUGGUUCGAUUGGACACGCUUGUUAGCCAAGAAUUAUGCGUCAUUCAUUCUCCUGAUAUUGGCAGCCCUAUGCUCAGUAUGCUUGACGCAAUCUUUAUUCAUUAGAAGUCAAGAUAAGUGGUGUAUUUGUAGCAUGGCAUCCGUACGUUGUCUAAACUGAGGAGGAGUCCAAGGAGGAAAAAAAACAUAACUCAAGAUAAGUGGUGUAUUUGUAGCAUGGCAUCCGUACGUUGUCUAAACUGAGGAGUCCAAGGAGGAAAAAAACCCAUAACAUUUCAUAGCCUUUCUGGACGAGAGCAGUAGGGAUGGUGCGUGGAACGCAGCGGUUACUUUUCUAUUUCAUCUUACUCACACACUUACUUACUUACUCACACACACAAGUAUUACCAACCAGUAGUUCCGUAACUUGCGACGCCGUGCGUCCGUGUGAAAAUGGCGGGACAUGUGACAAAUCUACUGGACGAUGCGCCUGCCGUGCUGAGUAUACAGGACCCUUGUGUGAAAAUGCUCUAAGCACGCUAUAUGGCAUCGACCAUAUCAAACCUGCAGUUUUGAAAACCGUCAUCCCUGAUCUACCGCCUCAAAAAGCCCAACAUUUGACUGACGGCUUAAUGACAUACGGAUGCGGAGAAGCAGAGGGUAGCCCUUACGGGUUUAAAUAUCAAUGGCUGCGUAAUGGAAAGAUACUGAAUGUUACUGCUUAUCCGAAACUAAUGAUUUCAGACGACGGUCUUCUAAGAAUGAUCAGUCCUGAAAGUCUAGAAACUUACGAAGGCAACUAUCAGUGUCUUGUGGCAAACGACUUUGGUGCAACACUCGGUUCUGCUAUCUCCAUAAAAUUCCGAGUGUCGCCAUUACCCCCAGACUCAAUUAUCAAUCCCAUAAGCGUCAACGUCAAUGCUGGAUUGCGUUUGCAUUGCCCAAAGACCUCAUACGGCGCGACCUAUCGAUGGAUAAACGGAUCAUUUGACCGUGACGCGAGUUUUGAUGCGCCGCGCGUCCUCCAGGAUGGGGACGGCGCCACUCUCGUAUUUGCGUACGUCACAGACGAGGAUAUUACUCGUGUUGCUGCAAACAAACUACAAUGUGUACUUACUAAUUCUGGCUCAAUAUUUCUCCCCCAAAUAAUACUGGUGAAGUCUGGAUCUUCCAGCAGUGACAGUUUAGAUCUUCAAACAACAUUUGGAGACAAAAUGCUUAUUUUAAAACCUGAAGAAAACGUAGAACUUCAUUGCUUUCCGACAGGAAGGCCUACUCCCAAUGUCACAUGGUUUGUCGAUGACAAAGAACUUGUUACGUUUACCAAACAAUACAAUAUUUCUAACUAUGGGCGUGUGCUUAAAGUGGCGUUUGGGAACCCUGUGAUGGUCAUUAAAUGUACAGCAAGAAACACAGUUGGGUCAAAGAGUGCCAUAACGAGGGUCUACUCCCCAACUGGCUCCGUUCGACCAACCAAGAUUUUUGUAAAAUCUGGAGAAUCCCUUACUUUGACGGUGGGUAUCGCCGACUUGCUAGCUAGUCCACACGUGGCCUGGCUAUUUAAUGGCAAGACCAUCUCGCCAGCGUCAAGAAUAUCAUUAAGCAUCAACAAGUCAUUGGUUAUCAAGUUCUUGCAAGUCUCUGAUUCUGGUAUUUACCAAAGCCUGUUGAACGGUGUCGCCAUCUAUGCAUCCUACGAAGUCUUUGUUUUAGGUGGCCCAGUCCCCCCUCUCUCGGUGAGCGUGUCAAACUGCACAAGUCGGAGUACAAACAUCACGUGGAAAACACGUAGUCAUCCAGAUGGAAUUGCUCCUCCCUCCUCCUUCAUCAUAGAGCAAGCUUCGUUCUUCCAGCCAGGAGUGUUCAGCUACUUGACAGAGAUUAAAAACGAAGGCUUCGAGCAGACAACAAUCGAUAAUCUAGACGAGUGGAACCAGUUGUCAUUUCGAAUCAAGCCGAAAAAUGACAAAGGCGUCGGCUUCCCAAGCGUCCCCUCCAACUACUCGGACUGCAUAACGAGACCCGGAAUCCCAACAUCGUUUCCAAGCGGUCUAAAGGCUGUGGCGAGGGAACAAAGUGGAGAAAUGAACGUCACAUGGAACUUGUUUCCAAAGCAAGAAUGGAACCACCCCGACUGCAAACUCCUUGCCUGGUAUAAGCCCAGCAGUUCUAAGGUUUGGGGCAAUUCAAGUGUACCUUGUGCAUCUACCCUUGCACACCUUACAGGCCUGGGAAACUAUGUCCUUGUGGAUGUGAAGCUACAAGCGAUAAGCCCUGUAGGUGCAGGACCUGAGAGUGCUAUUGUGAGCGGAUACUCAGGCCAGGAUAAGCCAAACGUAUCUCCAACACAACUAAUCAUCACCAAUGUCACAGAGCGAGCCGUGUCACUUACAUGGGACAAUGUGACUGCUAGGGUCGGCUCGGUAGAUGGAUAUGAAAUUAAAUGUUCUCCCUAUUCGCCUAAGCGCCGUAAACGAUCUGUGGAAAAGAAAUCAACUCUUGUGGGACGGUUCUUCGCCAUGGUAUCCUCCAUUAAGCAGACAAUUUUGGACCACGUCUCACCCAGACCCCGACGCGUCAAACGCGCUGUCCAAUUUAUUCCAUGCCAUAAACCCUAUCGUACCACAUCCACGAGCAUAACCAUCACAGAGCUGAUUUCAAGCACGCAAUACAUCUUUACUGUUGCCGCAUAUAACAGUGGCGGGGCUGGCAGUAGUGUCGAGAACUUCACGACUACCCUAGACGCAGUUGAUUCUUCGUACAUCGUAACUAUUUUCGUCUUAAACGAAAUGUUUACGGUGCAGUACAAGGACAAGAAUUCCGCAGUGUACAACAAACUGAAAGACUCUUUGGAGACUGGGGUGAAAACUUUGCUGAUGAAAGAGUUUUGGUAUCGAACAAGUGAAGUGAUUGGUUUUAUCAAUGGCAGCGUUAAAGGGGAGGUGCAAGUCGUCGCUGCAACAAGUCAAACCUCCAAACUCCAAACUCUCUUCACGGAAGUGAUGAAGGCCGAUCAUUUUUCUGGUUAUAAAGUGGAACCCAGUAAGACAGAAAUUAAACUAGAGCCAGAGUUCGAAGGGCCAUCCAUUUAUCCCACCAACACCUACCCCUCACCUAAUGACAGUAUCACCAUCAACUGUACCGUUUCUGAUGGUCCGCGGAUGCCGGUGUUGCGUUGGACCAAGGAAGAGAAGGCCAUAGUUUUAGAUGAGCACCAUAAGGUCCAGUUUGCUAGAGAGCGAUUCCCUGCGUGGACAGCACUUCACAUUACUAGCGUGUCGUAUGUGGACCGAGGAAACUACUCGUGCACUGCUAGUAAAGGCAACAAAGCCGCUAGCAAUUCAUCGGAUCUGGAUGUUCGACCUACCCUCGGCAUCACGCCCGAAUCACUCAGCAAAAGAGAAGGGGAUAAUGUGACGUUCCACUGUCAGCUGCUAGGAGGGUUCCCGAAAUCUCUUAUGUUCUAUCGCAUCGUGCGCGAAGGUUCCCGUAAUCCAGAGAACGUCACCUCCCUUACGCUAUCAGCGCCAGCACCGCCUGAAAACCUGACAAGCCACACCCUCAAGUACCGCUGCCAGCUGUGUUCAUUGAGCGGUGGUUAUGGCUACUUGGACGUCUGGGCCAGCAGCCCACUAGCAGCACUCACUGUUUACAAAGCAGGGUUUCUAGACGUGGUUGUCAAUGUUUCUGAUAGCUUCCCUAACCCCGAUACCACUGUGGAGUUUCUUUGCAAAGUGCCAUUCGGGCCGCAGCGGCCAGACUUUCUCUGGCUCAAAGAUGGACGUGUAAUUGAGUGGGACGUACGUCACAAGAUGGACACUAAUACCACUCAUGCGAUAUCAUGGUCGAUGCUGACCAUACGUAAUGUCACCGCGGGCGACAGAGGGAACUAUUCUUGCGUCGCGAGCAAAUCUGGCUAUAGCAGGAGUAUCUACCAGCUCGUGGACGUCAGGCCAAUGAUUGGUAUACACCCUCUUAGUAUGACCAAGAUCGAAGGAUCAGCCGCCAAUAUUGAAUGUAACCUUCUAGCAGGCACCCUAAACUUCCUUAGUGAAUCGUUAGGCGCUGCUUUGUUCCGUAUCGUGGCAUAUCAUCCCGAUGGCUCGCCUAUCCCCUACUUGUCAACCUUCCUCCCCACACGCCCUGGUGGCAACAGAAGCACGCUGACGGUCUCUAACGUGAAGGUCCCUUCUGGAAAUGGCAGCAGCUACGUGGUGUCCUAUCAAUGCUUGCUAUACUCAGGCAACCCACCGUCUUCACAAGUCUUUUCGCAAAGUCCUCUCUCCCGGUUUACGGUGGUCACUCAAGAUUACCCAAGGUGUCCAAAGAUAUCAGAGAGUUUUAUCAAUUGGCAAAGUACAGCGGCAAAUAGCACCGCCGUUCAGCUAUGUCCUCCAGAUGCUGUUGGUCAAGUGACGCGUAAGUGUUCAAGUGUCUCGUCAAUUCAAGCUGACUGGGGUUCCGUAGAUUACUCAGGCUGUACGUCACAUACGUUUAAGAAGCUACUUCUAGAGGCGGACGCAAUCUCAUCCGGGUACAAAUCGUCUUUCAACGCCAGUCGUCUUCUCGAGGUGCUCGCCAACUACACUUCGCAGCCGCGGCAAAACGCUGGCAUCAUUCUUUACGGAGGCGACCUUGAUAUCACGAUCAGUAUACUAUCAAAGCUGUCUGAUUACAUGGCGAUAAACGCCACAUUUCUCAACUCCAGUGCAGAACAACAGAACUUCAUGGAAGUCGCAAGUAACGUGUUGGACCCUGAAAACGCACGAUCAGUGGUUCAGUUGCAGGGAAACCAGAAAAUGGGAUCGUCCGGGCUGUGGGGGCGAUUGAUUCUAACUUGUGACUCGUUCGGGCUCGUGGUUGCUUCACGGAUCACACCAGACACCACCCAAAAAAUUUCGACGAGAAAUAUUGCGGUCGGAGUUAGCAAUGUUGCAAUAGACAGCAAGGCCUACCAAGAUGGCCUGGAGUUCAGCGCAGGGGGAGGUUUUAUCCAUCUUCCCUCGGAAGUCUUCAACAAAACCAGCGGAAGUCACGUGGUCAACCUGGUUUACAAGUCACUAAGUGGUGUGAUGAGGCUGGCGAGCGCGGCAAAUAAGACUGCUAACAGUAGUCAGGGGGUAGGGGAGGGCCAACCUGUGUCUGCUAAUACCACCAUUGUGACAAGCGUGGUCGAACCUGAGCCCCCAAAACAACUCAGCGGCAGGGUCAAAAUUGUGCUUGAAAAUAAGAAAGUGUUUGACCCAGUCCCUCCCCAGACGUGUGUGUUCUGGAGGCCAGGAAACCCAGACAAAUGGCUGACGCGCGGAUGUAGACUGGUGACUAGCGAGUCCAACAGCCGGGUGACCACGUGUGAAUGCGAUCACCUGACCGUGUUUGCUGCUCUGCUAGACCCAUACGGGGGAAAGAUCUCGGAUGCAGACCAGAAGGCGUUGGAAUUGAUCUCUACCAUCGGUUGCGCGAUCUCGCUCUUCGCCAUCUUGCUGACUAUUAUCCUAACUGUGGCGUUCUGGCGAAGUGUGCGCAGUCCGCGAGCUAUCGUCCUGCUCAACAUCUGCCUCGCGGUGGCUGCCGUGUGUAUACUUGUGAUUGCCGAGGGUACAGCGCGAAAUUCACAGAAAGGUUGCAAGGCGCUUGCAAUCUUGUUGCACUAUUUCCUCCUGGCCGUAUUCUGCUGGAUGUUGUGCGAGGGAGCUCUUUUGUACAUCAUCAUUGUAAAGGUGAUCGGAGGCAAACCCGAAGAGAAAGUCAAGUAUUUCUUGCUCUUCGGAUGGGGAUUCCCUGCGAUAAUUGUCGCUAUUUCACUGGGUGCGACCCAGACUAAAGGGUACGGUUACCACGGCGCCCAAACCGCUUGCUGGCUUUCGGUGGAUAACGGGCUCAUUUGGGCAUUUGUUGCGCCAGCCCUUGUGGUUUUGAUGAUCAACAUUAUCGUCUUCGUUCUGGUGUUGCGUCAAACAAUGGGAACACGUCAUGUCCAGAACAAGUCACGUGAUGAGAAGCUUCGCGUGGCUGUCAAGGCAACCGCCGUCAUCCUUCCCUUACUGGGGAUCACGUGGUUAUUCGGUCUGUUGGCCUUCAGCGCGGAGACGGUCGCCUUCAAGUACAUCUUCGCCAUCUUAAACUCGUUGCAGGGGCUGAUGAUCUUUAUCUUCCACUGCGUCCUCAAUAAACAGAUACAAGACGCUGUGAAAAGGCGGUACCAACAAUUGUCCAUUUCUGACUCAUCCAUCGGAAAUACGAAAUCCAGGUCUCAAGACAAAAUAGUCAAGAUUGACAGCCGCCCAUUAGGGCCCAAGACAAAAACGAAGAACGAAUAUGAGAUGGCACCAACAGACUCGUCAACAACUCUACCCAUUAGCAAUAAAGUUCAAUCCCGCACAGGGGCAUCUACUGUCUCCAACGAUGACGUCUGUGUCCAUUUAUCUCAAGAUGAUUUCCAAUACCCUGACGAAGGCAGUAAUGGCUGCUCGACAUAUAACGAAAUCCAAGACCCGACCUACGAAAACAGUAAAAUACAAGAAAGUGAUGAAAGUCCACUUGACGAAAGGCUGCUCAAGAGAGAUGCCGGUUAUAUAAAUCCGCUGAUGUUAAACGACAACGACUCGACCGAUGACGUUUAUAUUGGUAAGGAAGAAGUUGAAGAAGUAGAUAAACCAGAGGUACAGCAAGGUGAACAAGAUGAAAGAUAUGAUGACACACUUCAGUUGCGCGGUGGCCCAAGAGAUUUCACAAGGGUUACCAGGAAGUUUAGCAGCAGCACAAGAAGUAGUAGUAGUAUUGGUAGUAGCGAUAGCCAGGUGACCGUGAAGAAAGCUUUACCUUCUCCAAUUGAUAACAAAACCUUCACUUAUGAUGACACCCCAACUCAUCCGAAUGAUCUUAUAGCCGGCCAGGCAGUUCGACUUGAUAUCGGCGCGUCUGGUGACGUCCAAACGCAGAAAGGUCGACUUGACUUCAGCGCGUCUAAUGACGUCCAAACGCUGGAAGGUAGAUCUGAUAUCAGCACGACUGCUGACGUCCCAACGCUAGAAGGUAGAUCUGUUAGCAGCGUGUCUAGUGACGUCCCAACGCUAGAAGGUAGAUCUGAUAGCAGCGCGUCUGGUGACGUCCCAACGCUAGAAGGAAGAUCUGAUAGCAGCGCGUCUAGUGACGUCCCAACGCUAGAAGAUAGAUCUGUUAGCAGCGCGUCUAGUGACGUCCCAACGCUAGAAGGUAGAUCUGUUAGCAGCGCGUCUGGUGACGUCCCAUCCCAGUCCCUUGCACAGGACCCAAGUCAAGAUAUGGACGAUAUCUCAACUGAAUUUGACUACGGCCACCCGCUUGACAAGUUAUCAUUCACGACAGGGUCAUCCGGAAUGAGUGACAGGGCCCAGGAAUCGGACUCGGACACGGACCUGGUGUACCGAAUUGCUGUGUCAGGGGAGACUGAUUCAGAACCAGAAGGGGAGUGGUCAAGGCGAACUUCGACGAUUUCUAUCGAGAGCAAUGAUUCAAUGGGUGUUUUCUAUGAGUACUCGCUCAUUGAUGUCAAAGAGAAUGAAGAGAAUGAAGGAAAAGACGUAGUUUUCCUAGGUUCAAAGCCUUUAGAGUGGAAUGCAUAACCGCAAUUGUGGAUUAUGCUCUAAUCGGAUCUCGUAACCUUUUGUGUGAUCCCUAAGUAUUACAUGACGAGUCGAGUCUAUCUCACUAAUACGAUGUCUAUUUCAUUAAUACGAUGUUGAUUUGCUUAUUUCUUUCUUUGUUGGGCGGGUCAAUAUGACACAGACCAAACGGCGUUCUAGUGUCGUAUUUUUGUGUCGUUCGACGAAUAAUAUUGACCUUAACCAAAGGCUAAGACGACGACAUGAAUAAAAUUGUGUCCGCGUUUGGCAAUUAGUUCCAAUUCAGUUUAAAUGGAAAAAGCUAACAUCAGGGGCAGAAACAUAAACAGAACAUCAUAAUAAAUAGGACAUCAUUUCUACAGAAGCGAACGUAGUUAUAGGAGUUUUAACGUUGUGGUUUGCUGUAAAAACGUCUGACAUUCAUGAGGCAGUAUGUAAUCUCAUGUGUUUCCAUUUAAUUACCAACCCAAUGCUUUUUUUUCGCGUUGCCGUCGUCGUUUUGUCAGGUACCUAAUGCGACGUUAGCACUCCGUUUAUUGCGCCUGAAAUUGAAUUAACAAUGAGAAACUCGACCCCAGCUUAACUGUGUAACCACUCUUUGGCCGAAACAUAGAACAAUGACCAGAACAAUGCGACUCUAGCACGCCGUUUUCAUUAACCCAUGAAACAAAUUGUGAUAGUCAAAGGGUAAGAGCCAGUAAUAAAACACAAAAAGAACAAUAUAAUCAGAAGACAAUAAAGUGUAAUACGUCAAAGUGUAGUUCACGAGUUAAUGAAAAUCACUCUGAUCUAGGCCUUACCUGGUUUAACUCAAGGACCAGUGGGUCUAUUUAAAUAAAGUCAGAGCUUGUAAGAAAUUGAAUAAGGUUAAAAGGCUAAUAAGUAUAAGGUGUAACGCUACAUCGAAAACUAUUUGAUGUGAUGCAACAUAAUUAUAUAUACAAUUUUACAAGGUAUAUUUAAAGACAUAGCAAGAUAACCUUUUUAAUGAAAAUAAAUAAAGCAUUUUCGUUGACAAA